CAGCACCUAAGUACGCAUAGAGGCGUGAAUAGUUCCCGAAUCUACGAAUCCAUCUCCGCCCCAUGCGGUCUCCCCGAGUCAGUCCUGGCGAAGAGGAAGGUGUCGCAAUUGUCUCCUGUGAUUGAGGGUCGGAACGGGGAGAACAUCAGGCACCCAGGCUACGAGCAGCCCGCCAAAUCCAUGAGUGAGAUCGACUUUCCAAGAUGCUGGAACGCAUUGAGAGACUUUUGGGAGUCUCAUUAGUUUCGUCCGCAUUACCCGGAUCUCCGGAUGGGAAUGGAGAUAUCAAUCUGGGACCUCCAACCCAACGCGAUGAAGGCAUUCUGGACCGUACAUCUGCGUCAGCGUUGUUAGAGCUAAUGCUCAAACAGAAUGAUUUGGACUAUUUCAAGGAGGUCGACGGAGGGGCUGCAUCGGUGAAGCAGACUCUGCAUGAUAUGAAGGAAAUAUUGAAGCGUAUAGCAUAAGUUGAGAUGGGUGAUUUGAUUCGACUUAUUUGGCAGCACCUUCGCGGAUAGUCAUGCUUCACCGUCGACGGAGCAGUUGGCCCCUGUUCCCCCCAAGUAAGAAACUGUUCAUGGCGGCUCGCCUUUUGCAUAGACUCCUAACUUGACUAUCGCGAGAAACUCUUGUAACGGUUCGUCGUCAGGAAUGCCUUGCAUGACCUGUCUCCCGAGAUUAAGAAAGACGGCUAUUUCUUACUAAGACACAACCCACCGCAGACAUCAUACAGUCGACUUAUUCAUGCCGGAUCUGCGAGGAUUCAAUAA